UAGUCAUUUCCUGAUAGAGACUAGAAGACAGAAACUCUGGGUGUGCAGAGCAGAGGAUUGAAAAACGGGGGGCCACGCUGUCCCUGCACGUCCUGGAGUCAAGUGAAAUCUUGGCUUCUCAACAACAAGACUGAAGGAAGAUCCUUGAAAGAGGCCUGGGGGUGCUACCAUGAUGCCCCAACUCCUGGCUCUGCUCUGUGCUGGGCUGUGUGCUGGCCAAGGAAGCAGGACAGCUGAUGACUCCCUUCCCAAGCCCUCCCUCACGGUCUGGCCGAGCUCAGUGAUGCCUCCCAAGAGUAAUGUGACGCUGCAGUGUCAGACUUCUACCAAGAAUGUCAAUUUUGCUCUCAGAAAGGGAAGCACUUUUGUGGAGUCCAUGCAAUCACAGGCAUCCACAGCGGGCCUGGCUGAAUCCCGCCUCACUGACCUAAAAACGUCUAAUGCUGGACAGUACACCUGUGAGUACUACAGACGAGAGCGCCCGCACAUAACUUCACAGCCCAGUGACGUCCUCCUACUGCUGGUGACCGGAGAUUUCCGUAAACCUUCCCUCCAAGCCCACCGAAGGGGUGAGGUGACCGCAGGAGAAAAUGUGACCCUGCAGUGCCAGAGGCCAGACAAUGUUUUCGGGCCUGUAAUGCUCGGUCUACUGAAGGCGGGAGCAGCAGGGCCCAUACAGGUCCAGACUCCAGUAGGGAAGGAGGCGGUCUUCUCCCUUCAGAAUGUGACAGUCAGUGACACCGGGAACUAUAGCUGCGUGUACUUCCUGAUAAAGGCUCCUUUCUGGGCCUCGCACCCAAGUGAUCGUCUCGAGGUCCGGGUGACAGAUAAAACUGAAAAGAAGUCUCCCAUGAUGGCAGAAACAGAAAUAGGGGCCGCUGGGAUCACGCUCAUCGUCAUCUUCAUCUUUCUCUUCCUCCUUGGAGCCUUCGUCAUCUGCAAAUACACCCGCUGUGGGGCAGCUCCCGACAAGAUGACCAAACGCUCCCACUCUAAGGAACCUGAAGAAGUGGGAACAAGUAUUCAGCCCGAGAAAGAAAGUGGUGACCCACCCGCAGCUACGACGAGCUGCUCACCUGCCUCGGAUAAAGCAUCCCAGGUCUCAGAAGCUGAGGAACCCCAUGGAGUGACUUACGCUGAGCUGAACACCAGAGCCCUAAGUGAGGGUCCCUCCAGCCAGACGGAGCAGCCCCUGGAAACCUGUGUGUACUCGACCCUUAAGGCAUAGCCAGGAGAACAGCUGGAGCCUGGAAAGGAAGAACUUCCACCAAGGGGAUGGAUGAUGGAGAGAGGACCCUGGAGGCACCAGGCAAAUGGGGAUCCCUUUCCUCAAAUCUCCAAUGAAGACUUGUUCCCCUCCAAAAAUCUAUUUUUUUUAAAACAAGAGGUAUCAUUUGCAUAGAUCAGAUGCAUGCAUCAUUUGCAUAUAUUUGCAUACACGUGAUCUAUUUCUACCUAUCCCCUUUGUUAUAACCACCGUCCAAAUAAAAACAGUAUUUCUAGUA